CGUAGGGGGCGAGUGUGCGCAUGCGCGACCGCCCGAGCGCCGAUGGCGGUGCCCGCCGUCCCCACGCCGCGAUACGAGCAUAUGGGGCCGCGCGGCCCCUACCGGGACGUGUACGAACCGGCCGAGGACACCUUCCUGCUGCUGGACGCCCUAGAGCGGGAUGCGGCCCAGCUCCGGCAGGCGGGGAUCGACGUCUGCCUUGAAAUAGGGUCUGGGUCUGGCGUGGUUUCAACAUUCAUAGCUUCCAUCAUUGGAGCCAGUGCGCUCUAUCUAUGUACAGAUAUCAACCCUAUGGCAGCUUACUGUACACUGGAGACAGCUCAGCUGAACAAUGUUCACCUUCAGCCAGUCAUUACUGACUUGGUCAAAGGGCUGUCACCAAGAUUAAAUGGGAUGGUUGAUCUACUGCUCUUUAAUCCACCAUAUGUGGUAACACCCUCUGAAGAGGUGCAAAGCCACGGAAUAGAAGCAUCCUGGGCUGGUGGCAAAAAGGGCAGAGAAGUAAUGGAUAGAGUUUUUCCAUUAGUAGCAGACUUGCUUUCAACAGGAGGAUUAUUCUACUUGGUCACAAUUAAAGAAAAUAACCCAGAUGAAAUUCUGGAAACAAUGAAGAAACAUGGCUUAGAAGGCACACGACUGCUUUCCAGACAAGCAGGACAAGAGAUGCUUACCAUCCUCAAAUUUAGGAAGCCUGGAUAACUGUUUUUAUUAUAUAUACUAGGCAUGCCAAAGGUUGGAUACAGAGUACUGAAGUUGUCAAAUCACUUUCUAAGUCAUAUUUGGACAAAGUGCAUCCUUACUUCCUCAUCAUUGCAAUGAAACUGAUCAAGACUGUCCUUAUUUUCAUUCUGGAUGCCAACCAGCUUUUAUCUGGUUGUCAGGUACAGCUGUUCUCUGGCUAGCUGCAGGAGAGUUGUAAGUGAACUGGAAGAUACCAUAACGCAUCAUCUUCUGCACUUUGCUACUUUUACAUGUAGGAGUUUGUGUAUUUAUUUUUUUGGCUUAUUGAAAGAACGGAUGUAUUUGAUGUAACUUGUACUGUUUUAACAGUUAGUCUGUUCCUCUGUUUGGUUUAAAUGAAAAUUUGAAAUCAUGUUAUUCAUUUUGAUGUAAUACAAGGCACAGCUUUCAUAGAAACUGAUCUUUAAGGUGCUGUGUUAACAGAAACUUUAAAUGAUUGGUUAGCUCUUUUCAUGGGGACUAAAAUCACAAUUUUUUGUUCAUUUGUUUUGUCAGUUACUGGGGCUUUACAAUAAUUAUUCUAUCUGACUAUGGGUGUAUAACUCGCUACAAGUCUAGGUGGCAAAAACUUGAAGGUUUUUCAUCUUUUCACCCCAUGAAAGAAAUAAAAGCGUAGGGCCUGUUAGCAGAAACACACCACUACAAACCUAGCUGGACCAACCAUCUGGGGAUGAAACAUUUUAUUGCAACGUAAUGUGAGAGGCUACAGGUCAGAAGUUGAUGUUUCUCAGGCAGAAAGCUUAUUCCUUAUACUAUGCUGAAGAGCAUACAGAAUUAGAGAGCAGGCAGUACACAGUGGUGAUUGUUCUGCAUUCCAAGAUCACUAUUCCCCAACUCAGAAGACUGUGGAAAAACAAGCACUGCAAUUCAAUUCAAGCACAGCUAAUGUGUUACUUACUUUCAGAUAACGUGGGUUUUUUUUGUGUCAAUAUGUUUUUAUAUGUAUUAAUAUGAAUGUGAGCACAAACACUCAGAAGGAGAAUUUAGACAGAAGAUUCAAUUAUGCAAAGGAUAUUACCUGAUGUUUAAGUACAAGAAUCCCUAAAUAAAGUGAGUCUCACUGACCAAAGUGAGGCUACAGUUAUCUUUGAUUCUUAACUUCAGAAUACCUUGUCUAAGAACUGCCAAAGGUGAGGAACUGAGAUGAAACUUUGUGACCACCUGUGAAAUAACAAUUCCAUAGACUCUUUCUAGUGAUGAAUUUAAGCAAUUCAUGUUCUUGCAAUUUACCUCCUUUAGUGUAAGGAGGGGAGGUUCUCUGCUCAUUAAUAUUGCUUUUAUGCAGAGUUAUGGUUUUGGUGUUACAGCUGUAGUGCUGUUCAUCCUUAAGAUUGCUCUGUAGGCUUUCUGUUAAUCAUUUUGACCAAAGUUUGCUGUGCAAAGAUCAUGACAUCAAAAAACAAUUUUAUGAUGGAGUUAAAAUAUAUAAUGGAAUCAAACUGCAAGUUUAACAAAGGGAAUUUUUAAAUUCAUCUGACUCUGAGCUGUAAUUAAAGAAUUAGCUUAUAAACAGGUAAUCAAAGGAGAAAAAAAUGCAGUUAGCCCUUGAGCACGUGGUUUUAAUACAAGUUAUAAAUGACAGUAAUGGAUCAGAGUACAACAUGUAAUAAAACAUAACAUGCUUUCAACAAAAAUAGAUGACAGUGGACUAUCUGGCAGCUGGAUUUCUAAACAAGGAAAUAGAUGUGUCCACUUCAAUAAAUAAUGAAUCAGUUCUCCUGGCCAGGGUGUACUGAUGUCAGCUGCAAUUUUUGUGGAAGAAAUUUUCAAAAUUCAGUCCAAGGAAGAACAUGGGUGAGGUUUUUUUAAACACUUUUUUUUUUUUAAUGCUACUAUCAUCAUCUUGCUGUAGACUGGGAACUAGUGACAGGCAAAAACUGUUUUUUCCUCUGAACUUUUAAGUUUGCUGCAUCUACAGAGAUGACUGCAGAGACACUUAGCAUUUGCCAGGGUACACUAUUGCCUUCUAGGAGACUAGAGAAUUUAAUACUAUUUCUGAAAAGUUUGGAAGGAGCACCCCUGCAUUCACUGCAUGAGAAUAAGCUGCAUGGCAGAUGCAGAUUAUGUAUAUAGUGCCAGACUUAGUAAGAGGAAUGCAAGAAUUCUGUUCCUCAGUACUCCUAAGCAUUGUUCUGUAAGAAAUAGAAAGCUGUUAUUCAGAUACAGACAGUGGCAUAUCAGAAGACUCGCCAGCACUUGCACUUGGUUCUGUUAGACAAACUAAACAAUUAAACCAAUUAGACUCAUAGACAAUUUGCAAGUUCGAGCCUGACCGAGUAAAUUAACGUGGCUCUUUUCAAGCAAUACCUGGUUAACAUCAGUUGGCCUUCAAAACAGUUAUCAAACCUGCAAUUAAGUCAGAUAAAAUAGUCUUAUCUGAAACAGUAAUACAACAGACACAAUAACCAGAGUUUCAGUAAUUAGGAAAAUAACACAGCUUACUCCUUUAGCCUGUGUUUCCAGUUAGAAUUUUUCAGUACCACCUGUGAACGAUUCCCCUUCUCUCUCAAAAAAAAUUAAAAUUCUCUUCUGAAAGCACAGUGGUAUCUGCUAAAGACUUAACGGCUAAAAAUUACUUCUAAAGGGACCAGCAUUGAGUGAACAGAGCACCUGAAGCAACCAGCUGUUG